AUGGAGCUAAGCACAGUCACCCUCAUCUUCCUAUCCUUCGUCUCAGUGACGAUUUUCGUGUCUUUGCUUAGCCGCAAAAAGACAGCAAGUUCCAAGGAGAGGAAGCCUCCCGGCCCACGGUGUCUCCCCUUCAUCGGAAACCUCCUCCACAUCCGGACAACGGCGCCACAGGUCGCUCUCCGGGACCUGGCCAAGAAGUACGGCCCAGUGAUGUACCUGCGGUUGGGCCAGGUGGACGCCGUGGUGAUCUCCUCGCCGGCGGCAGCACAGGAGGUGCUCCGGGAUAGCUCCCUCACCUUCGUGUCAAGGCCGAGAAUUCUUGCCGCGGAGAUCGUGGGCUACGGGAGCGUCGACAUAGCCUUCGCGCCAUACGGCGCGUACUGGAGGGCGCUACGCAAGCUCUGCAUGGUGGAGCUUCUGAGCGCGCGAAAGGUGAGGCAGUUCGCGCCCAUCAGGGACAGCGAGACCAUGUCCCUCGUUAGGGAUGUCCGCGCCGCCGCCGCCGCCGCCGGAGCCGGCCAGCCCGUCAAUCUCAGGAAGCUGCUCGUGUCGUGCACGAACACGAUCACCGCAAAGGCAACGUUUGGUGACGGCUGCGACGCCGAGCUCCAAGAGCAGUUUUUGGCUGCGAUGAAUGUGCUGCUUAAAUUAACUGGGGGAUUCUGCGUCGGGGACCUCUUCCCUUCGCUGUGGUUUGUGGACGUCGUCACUGGGCUGAGACGCUCUCUCUGGGGAGCGCGCCGGCAGUUCGACACCAUCUUUGACAAGAUCAUCACCAUCUGCGAGGCGCGACGAGCGGAGAAAAACAAGAACUCAACCGGAGACAAUGACCUUCUGAGCGUCAUGCUUAGGAUCAAGGAUGAGGGGCAGCUUGAGUUCCCCAUCGGCAUCACAAACAUCAAGGCAAUAAUAGUGGAUUUGUUCACAGCAGGGACGGAGACAACGUCGUCAAUCCUGGAGUGGAUCAUGUCGGAGCUCAUGAGGAACCCAGAGGUGAUGGCGAAGGCUCAGGCAGAGGUGCGACAAACAUUGGAUAACAAGAGUACAGAAGACCAUGAGGUACACAUGGACAAACUACGCUACAUGAAGAUGGUGAUCAAGGAGGGUCUGAGGCUGCACCCGGCGGCACCGCUCCUGCUCCCCCGUGUCUGCCGGGAGACUUGCAACGUCGGUGGGUUUGAGAUUGUGGAGGGGUCCAGGGUCAUGGUCAAUGCGUGGGCGAUAGCGAGGAACCCCGAGUAUUGGCAUGACGCAGACGAGUUCAAGCCAGAGAGGUUUGAGGACACUACCGUGGAUUACAACGGUACACAGUUCGAGUACUUGCCGUUCGGGAGCGGGCGGAGGAUGUGCCCUGGCAGUACCUUUGGGUUGGCCACGCUGGAGUUCAUCUUAGCUCGGCUUCUGUACUUCUUCGAUUGGAGCCUCCCAGCUGGAAUGCGGCCGGAUGAGCUUGACAUGGACAUGAUCGUCGGCGCGACACUAAGAAGAAGGAACCACCUUCACCUAGUAGCAACGCCCUAUAAUUUUCCGAUGAAAAUUUGA